CAAUCUAAAACGGUGCUUUCCAAUUAUCGCAUAAACGCUACCAAUCUUUCCAUUUCAGUUUCAACUUUCAAUCUCUUCAAUGGAAAUAGUCGCGACUGCCCAUCUCCAUGUGCAAUCUCACUCUACUGGUUUUAUCUUGCUUGUUUAUUCUCACACGAAACUCCCGCAACAUUUCGUGUCUUUCUUGCUUCUUCUCAUUUCCCUUUUCUCUUCCUCUUUUCUACUCCUAUCUAAAAGCAUGAAAGGACACUUCAUUUUCAGAUAGUUUUGAAAAUUUUGCAGCUUCCACUUCAUGGCUUCAACUAUGAAGAGUUUUUCGCUGUCACGGCCUCAUUUUGCUUCGAAUUUGGAGAGAGUGGCUCAUUCUAGAUAUUCAAGUAGGUGUUUAUCUAGUAAGGAUCCCGCAGCUGCAUUAUCUGUGAAAGUGAAUGGUGCAGUGAAGGAGGAGAGAGGGAAGGUUGUGAUUGAGGGGAAGGGGAGAGAGGAGGUGGUAAAGUUGGAAGCUUUGUGGGAAGAUGGCUAUGGGACUGAAACUGUGCAAGAUUACCUUGAUUAUGCCGGAGAUAUAAUCAAGCCGGACGGUGGGCCGGUGCGGUGGUUCACCCCAAUCUCUUGUGGGCCCCAUUUGAGAGGCUCACCUCUGCUACUUUUCUUGCCUGGAAUAGAUGGUUUGGGACUCGGCCUUAUCCUGCACCAUAAGUCUCUUGGAAAGGUCUUUGAUGUUCGGUGCAUGCAUAUCCCAGUGCAAGAUCGAACCCCAUUUGCAGAGUUGGUAGUGUGGGUUGAACAAACUUUGAGAACCGAGCACUCUUCAUGUCCUAAUAAGCCCAUAUAUCUGGUGGGAGAUUCCUUUGGUGGAUGCUUGGCUCUUGCAGUUGCAGCACGGAAUCCUGAUAUUGACCUUGUAGUCAUACUAGCUAAUCCAGCAACUUCAUUUGGAAGGUCUCAGCUGCAGCCUUUUCUACCUUUGUUGGAAGCAUUGCCUAAUGAACUUCAUAGUGCUUUUCCUUAUUUUUUGAGCUUUGUUAUGGGUGAUCCAGUAAAGAUGGCCGCGGUGAAUAUUGAUACAGCGGGCCCUCCUAACCAAUACUUUGAACAGUUAGCGAACAACCUUCUUGCUAUGCUGCCACGUCUUUCUGGCUUGGCUGAUAUCAUACCAAAAGAAACCCUGCUUUGGAGACUGAAGCAGUUGAAUACAGGUGCUGCUUAUGCUAAUUCUCGUCUUCAUGCCGUUAAAGCUGAAGUACUUGUUCUUGCUAGUGGCAAGGAUGGCAUGCUUCCCAGUAGAGAUGAAGCUUGGAGGCUCUUAAAAUCACUGAAAAAUUGCAAUAUAAGAUACUUCAAAGACAAUGGGCAUACCAUAUUAUUGGAGGAUGGUAUUAAUCUAUUGACCAUUAUCAAAGCUACUAACAUGUACCGUCGGUCCAGAAACCAUGAUUAUGUGAUGGAUUUCUUACCUCCUAGUAAAUCCGAGUUCAAGCUAGCAAUCGAGGGAAAUGAACUCCUUCAGAAUUUUGGAGGUCCAGUGUUCUUGUCUACUAUGAAAGAUGGGAAGAUCGUGAGAGGCCUAGAUGGAGUUCCCGAGGAAGGUCCAGUCUUGUUAGUUGGUUAUCACAUGCUUAUGGGUUUAGAGCUAUCACCAUUAGUCCUACAAUUUCUGCACGAGAAGAAGAUCUUGGUUCGUGGUAUAGCACAUCCAACUUUGUUUUCAGAUGUUAUUGAAAGUGAAAAUAAGGAGUUUUCGUUUUACGACUAUACAAAAUUAUUCGGCGCACUACCUGUCAGCGCAAGCAAUCUUUUCAAGCUGUUUAAAACAAAAUCUCAUGUGUUGUUGUACCCUGGUGGCGCUCGAGAGGCUCUCCACAAGAGGGGUGAAGAGUAUAAAUUAUUCUGGCCAGAUCAGCCGGAAUUUGUGAGGAUGGCUGCAAGAUUUGAAGCCACUAUCGUACCUUUUGGAGUUAUCGGAGAGGAUGACCUAGCUCAGUUAGUCCUGGACUAUAAUGACAUGAUCAAAAUCCCAUAUUUGGGUGAUCUAAUAAGAAGCGAAAAUGAAAAGGCACAAGAAUUUAAUUUCAGGGCUGGGGCGAGUGGUGAGGUUGCGAAUCAGGAUCUGUAUGUUCCCGUAAUCGUACCGAAGAUUCCUGGGCGGCUGUACUACCUAUUUGGGAAGCCGAUUCAAAUGAAGGGGAGGAAAGAGACGUUGAAGGACAGAGAAAAAGUGCGAGAGCUCUAUCUGUCGAUCAAGUCUGAAGUAGAGGCAAGCAUGUCGUACCUGCUCAAGAAAAGAGAACAUGAUCCGUACAGGAAUAUCAUUGAUAGAGCCAUGUACCGAGCUUUUCGUGCUCCCAUGGAUCAGGUCCCAACUUUUGAACCAUAGAUGACUGACUGGUUCCAAGAUAGGCGCGGAAGUGAGACUGAAUGGCGACGGCAGCCCACUCCUCGCGGCGCGCGGCGGAGAUGUUCCUGCCGCUGGUAGUGAGCUGAACAACCGCGGCGGCAGCGUGAGCGGCGGCGAC